AUUAUCACUUAAAAGAAGAGCACGUGUUGGUUUUCCGUAUGGCACAGCGCAGGAUGCGAAGUAUCUCGGCGUUGUUAGAAACCGCAGGUUCAGAGGCGUCCCUCAUUCGGCCCUCGAAGAACUCUCACCCAUUUGCCUGCUGCCAGUCCAAUUACAAGCGUGCUGCAAUAUACGUGAUGUACAUAGGCGCGGUGAUCGUCAUUCUAUGGCAGACCCGGACCUUAUAUCCUGAAACACCCACAGUGGGCGGUUACAUCCUAGUCUGCGUGAAGAUCUUCUUCAUUCUGCUUGUGGUCGUUUCGUCCAUCAAGCUGUUCUUCUGUCUCAAAGACUUCUAUUCUAGCCUCCACAACGAAGAUUACAUCCCGUCUCCCAGUAAGCCUGCCAGGAAGUACCACGGGGAUGGAGGUCAUGGGGACGUGUCCGUGAAGGAAGAAGAUGAAGCAGCCGAUAUUGAGGAUGACGACUACGAGGAGUUUUGUCGGAGGGAAGGGUUUGCCUUGCCGAAACGCGAAAAGGCUGAAGACAAUGUCGAACCGCAGUUGGGUUAAGUUCAUUGGCGGUGAAUGUGUGAUUUCGAAACUUGGAAAAGAGGUUUCAACAUGCAUGACAGGUUCUCCGGAUGACAGGAUUUCGUCAAAGAGGAAGAUGAAACACGAGACUUCAAUUUUACUUUCGUCGUGCCUGGUUUUAGCGGUUAAUAAACUUCCAGGUCUUCGCGUAGCGCGUGAGCGGCCUGACGAAAAACCAUA